AUGUCCCCGGCGCAGCAAGCCAAACAGCAGCCCCCGCACGCGACCAGCGCUUCGUCCGCGCCGCUCGAGUCGACGACCGUGUGGACCGCAUCCGACGGCACAAGCCGUAUCUCGUACCGCAGGGCAUGGGGCUGCGCCGUGGCGCUCGGCGACCCGCUGUGCCCCGCUGCCCAGCAGCAGGCCGUGACGGCCGAGUUCCGCGCCUUCUGCCAGCAGAACAACUGGGACACGGUGUACGCGCUCACCACUGCUUCUUUUGCCGAUGCCGCCGCUGGGGCGGGCAUGGGCGUCAUGAGCUUUGGGAGCGAGCUCGUGCUCGAUACGCGCGAUUACUUCCUCGGCGGGGGCAGGGGCAAGGAGCUGCGCAGUCGGCUCCGGCGCGCAAGUGGCGCGCUCGACGUGGGCGUGUACUCUGCUGCUGGGAGCACUCGCGACGCCGGCCUCGAGGCCCGCCUCACCGCCCUCGCCAAUGAAUGCCUCGGCCCCGCCCACCCCGCCGACCUGUUUCCCUCCGGCCCGCUCCGUAGCUGGCUGUACGCGACGCGCAGCGACGGCGCCGUCGUCGGCCUUGUCGCGAUGCUCCAGCUGUCCCCGCAGCAGGGCUACCUCCUCGAGCACGUCCUCGUCUCGCCCUCGGACGCGCGGAACGGGACCGCCGAGCUGCUCGUGGCGCGCACACUGGACCACCUGGCCUCGCUCGGCGUCCCGCGGGCGACGUUUGGCCCCGCGCCAGCGGACCACAGCGCGGCGAUCAGCGCGACCGCGCCCGCUCGGCGCACACACGCCCGCGUGACGCGGCACUUCAAGCUCGGCGAGCCGGCCGGCUGCGCGGCGCCAGCGCCACACCCGCACGCCAACGCCGUGUGGCUGUGCUUCGACCCGCCAGUGUUCGGCUUCCGCCAAGUCUCGGCGGUCAUGAAGGCGUUCAACCUGCGCGCGGCGGGCGACGGCGUGUGCUCCCCACCACCGGCGCCGAAGCGGCUCCGCAGGACGCGCAACACACCGUUCGGGACAGUAUGUACCCCCGUCGCGGGGGGCACCGUCGGCCGCACGUACCUGAGCUCUGCUGCGUUCGUGUCGUCCGUCGUCGGGCUGGUGAGCCUGUCGCGCUUCUCGCCCCCGCCAAGGCAGGCGACAGCGCGCCAGCCGCCCAAGGCGCUCGUGGGGCUGCCGAAUCCGCUUGCUAUGACGCUGGCGAGGGUGUAG